AUCGGUGCGCGCGUCGCAGUCACGCCCGUGUCGGUGGUCUCCCUCCCCCUCGCGAGCGAUUCAGGUCGCUUUCCGUGGUCGAACCCGGCAAAUCCCAUCGUCCCAUUCAUUCGCUCACUCAUCGACCCGCCCUCCCCCUCCGCCGCUGCCAGAUUCGCCGCGCCCCCUACCAGGCUACCACCUUUGCCACACCCUCCCAGACCUCGCAUCGCACACUGAUGCGGUGAUGCCCGCACCGUGCCAUCUCUCUCUCUUUUUUACUUCUCGGGCUUUCCUUAGUUUCCUUCGUUUUCCCACACGCCCACGCGCGGACGCCGCGUACUUAGCUAGCAAGGCUAGCUAGAAGCUCCCAUACUUGCACGUACGCUUUCCCAUUCUCUUUUGCUUAAACCGAGCUAGAGCUUUGCUAGCUCAGUUCGUCCAUGAGAGCAGCAGCGGCGGGUCGGCAGCCUCGCUUGUAGCUAGCGAUAAUGAAGGUCUACAUCACGUCGGCGGCGCCGCUGGCUGGCGAGGCAACGAAGGCGAUGGCGUCGCCGCCGUCGCCGCCGCCGCACCAGCACCAGCAAGCGGCAACAAGGCGCGGGUGCCGGUCGGCUGUCGUGACGGGGCUCCUCGCCGGCGUGCUCCUCUUCCGCGCCGCGCUCCUCACCAUCGAGGCCGGCGCAUCCCUCUGCCCUUCCACCACCGGAUGCUUGGACUGGAGGGCCGGUCUCGGGGACUGGCUGUACGGCGGCAGCGGCGACGCGAUGGAGGAAUUCAUGAAGGAGUGGAGGAGAGGUCGCAGGGAGGCCAGCCUGUUGGAUCCCGUGGUGGUGGAGGCGGCACCGGAUUCGCUGGACGGCCUCAUGGCGGAGAUGGACACCAUGCUGGCGUCCUACGAUCGGCUGGACAUGGAAGCCGUGGUGCUCAAGAUUAUGGCCAUGCUGCUGAAAAUGGAUCGGAAGGUUAAGUCGUCCAGGAUCAGAGCCCUGUUCAACCGGCACCUGGCCUCGCUGGGCAUCCCAAAGAGCAUGCACUGCCUCACACUGCGGCUUGCCGAGGAGUUCGCGGUGAACUCCGCGGCCCGCUCGCCGGUGCCGCUGCCGGAGCACGCGCCUCGCCUGGCCGACGCCUCGUACCUCCACGUCACCAUCGUGACAGACAACGUGCUCGCCGCCGCCGUCGCCGUGGCUUCCGCCGUCAGGAGCUCGGCCGAGCCAGCGAGGCUGGUGUUCCACGUCGUCACCGACAAGAAGAGCUACGUGCCGAUGCACUCGUGGUUCGCGCUGCACCCGGUUUCCCCGGCGGUGGUCGAGGUCAAGGGCCUCCACCAGUUCGACUGGCGCGACGGCGGUGCCAUCGCCUCUGUCAUGAGGACGAUCGAAGAGGUUCAGAGGAGCUCAAUGGAGUAUCACCAGUGUGACGCGUCAGUUGUCAGGGAAUACAGGAGGCUCGAAGCCUCCAAGCCAAGCACGUUCUCUCUUCUCAACUACCUCAAGAUCCACCUCCCAGAGUUCUUCCCGGAGCUCGGGAGGGUGAUACUUCUUGACGACGACGUCGUGGUGCGAAAGGACCUGACCGGGCUGUGGGAGCAGCACCUCGGCGAGAACAUCAUAGGCGCCGUCGGCGGGCACAACCCCGGCGAAGACGGGGUCGUCUGCAUCGAGAAGACGCUCGGUGAUCACCUGAAUUUCACUGACCCCGAAGUGUCAAACGUACUCGAAAGUGCGAGAUGCGCGUGGUCGUGGGGUGUCAACGUCGUCAACCUCGACGCAUGGCGAAGAACAAAUGUCACCGACACGUACCAGCUCUGGCUAGAGAAGAACCGGGAGUCGGGAUUCAGGCUGUGGAAGAUGGGCUCGCUGCCGCCGGCGCUGAUAGCGUUCGACGGCCGGGUGCAGGCGGUGGAGCCGCGGUGGCAUCUGCGGGGCCUCGGCUGGCACACGCCGGACGGCGAGCAGCUGCAGCGCUCAGCCGUGCUGCAUUUCAGCGGGCCGAGGAAGCCCUGGCUGGAGGUCGCGUUCCCGGAGCUCCGGGAACUAUGGCUCGGCCACCUCAACAGAUCAGACAGCUUUCUACAAGGAUGCGGCGUAGUCGAGUAACACAGUAAACGACACAGCAGCAAUUGAGCUGGGAAAGAGUAUAUAAGUAUAGACGAUUUGGUUCGAGAUCUCCAUGUGGCGCAGAGCUGGGUUCAUGUCUUCAUGAGGAGAGGGAAGUAGGUGCUGCCUUCAGUCUCUCCUCGCUCUGGCUCUACGUGCAACAUGUUCAGUGACACAGUGUAGAAUUGUAUAGUGACGAUGUAUAUAAGGGCUGUUAUCUAUUUCUUGGUUAUAGAACUAAAUGAAAAACUAGAUGCAACCACACGCAUUUAUAGAA